AUAAAGUAGCUGGUUGCAGCGCUUUUAGAAUGGCCGCCGCAUGUCGCGGGGCGUUCGACUACGGCAGGGCGAUGCGGCUGGAGGCGCAGGGGACGUGGCGCGAGUGGCUGGGGGAGGCGGACCACGCGCUCCUUGCGCCGUGGGUCCCCUCAAUGGCGCCAUCAUCCGCAGAGUGGGUUUGGGCGCUCGACCCUCCUCCCCAGCACCGCACUCCACCUCCCAAGACCCCUCCCCCUCCUCCGAUUCUUCUCCCGCCUUCCCCUCACUCCUACCCACGGCUCUCUGCCAAGCCGUUCCGAGAGCGGGUAGCACUGGUGCGGACUGCGGCCGGCAUGGCUCGUCUGGUGCAACAGCAGCAGCAGCAGCAGCAUAGGAGGAAACAGCAGAGAGAGGGUAGAGGCAUGCGGGGGCACAGGGACGAGCAGGGGCAGAAGGAACCGGAAUGGGAGCAGCAGCAGGGCGAAGCGCAGGCCAGUGCGCGGUUCAAGGUGGUGGUGGCGAGGGCGCUGCAGCAGGUGGGGUGCGAGGGCGCCACUGACAGCGCCCUGGGCGUGCUGACUGACCUGCUGGCCCACCGCCUCAGGCAGAUGGGGCGGCAGCUGCGCGC